AUAACGCCCGUCUGUUGCCUUUAGUCUUUAAUUCGGUUCGGAGGAGCAAAGACGUGCUUUGCAGUCGGUGAAUCACUGCUUUCGAGAUGGAUUCUGAAGAAUGUGAUGACGAUGUCGCUGCCACUUCCUGUCAAAUCCUAAUCCAGCGUUUAACCAGAAAAAGCCAUAAGCCAGAUGUAAUCCACGAUGACGUGCCGGAAGCAACUCAGGACAAGCGUCGAAAGAUUACCUUGGCCAACGGGGUAGCUAUCAUAGUUGGGAGCAUCAUUGGUUCAGGAAUAUUUAUCUCUCCAAAAGGAGUUCUCAUAAAUGCUGGAUCAACUGGUACAGCGUUGAUAGUUUGGGCGUUGUCUGGUAUAUUUUCUGCCGGUGGAGCCCUCUGUUAUGCGGAACUAGGCACAAUCAUUUCUCGAUCCGGUGGCGAUUACGCCUACAUUUUAGAGGCGUUUGGUUCUCUGCCAGCAUUUUUGACACUAUGGGUUAUAACGUUAAUCAUAAAACCAGCGUCUCAAGCAGUUGUUGCUUUAACUUUCGCUACCUAUAUGCUGCAACCAAUCUUCGGUGACUGUCCCGUACCUUACUCGGCAGUUCGCCUCCUUGCUGCCUGUUGCCUCUGUCUUCUGUCGGGUAUCAGUUGUGCCAGUGUAAGAGGAGCCAUGCGCAUCCAAAACGUUUUCACAGUGGCAAAAUUAUUGGCACUAUUUAUCGUCAUUGUACUCGGCCUGUUUGAGCUUUUUGCAGGAAACACACAGAAUCUAACAUUCACAUCGUUUUCGGAAGAUGCACCGCUCGAAAUAGGAAAAUUAUCCUUAGCCUUCUAUUCGGGCCUAUUUGCUUUUGGUGGCUGGAAUUACCUGAAUUUCGUAAUUGAUGAACUGCAAGAUCCAUACAGGAACUUGCCUUUAGCUAUAUUCAUAGCAAUGCCAAUCGUCACGCUCUUUUAUGUUUUGGCCAAUUUGAGCUACUUCGUGGUAAUUUCACCGGCCGAUAUCAUUGCAUCUCAUGCCGUCGCCGUGACAUUCGGAAUAAAACUUUACAGCUGGUUGAAAUGGGUCAUACCUGUGUUCGUCUCCAUCUCAACUUUUGGCAGUUUAAAUGGAAUCACUUUCACGGCAGCGCGAAUUGUUGCAACCGGAGCGAACAACGGCCAGUUUCCAGCUGCUUGCGGAUUCCUUCACCAAGAGUUACUUACACCCAUACCAGCUUUGAUGUGGGAGUGCUGUCUGGCUUUGCUAUUGCUGCUUUUUCCUGACGUCUUUUCGCUCAUCAACUACUUGAGCUUUGCACUAUGGUUGGUUUCGGGUGCAAGUGUGACCGGACUAUUAUACUUACGUUGGAAACUACCAGACAUUGAGCGGCCUAUUCGAGUUCCCCUGGUUUUACCUAUCACCUUUCUUCUUUGCUGUGUUUUUCUAGUAUUAGUUCCAGCUGUUGUAACGCCUUUUGACACAGGAAUAGGAGUGGCCAUAGUUUUGGCUGGUGUUCCUGUUCAUUUCUUGAUCAAGAAAAGCUCAUCUUCAACUGUUGUUAAGAAAUAUUCAGAUAAAUUCUCCCGCUUCUGCGUCGCUUUACUAAAUGUUGCGCCAAUCAAUGGGCAUUAUGCUUAACUAUUAGAUAUGAAUAAAUGUGAAAGAUGCUUACCGUCAUAUAAGAGGACAGUUUACUUUUGCCAAUAAACAAAAGUGACGAAAUCAAGGCUAACUUUAUUGUCAACAAAAAGUAAUUCGC